AUGUCGUCGCUGGCGCCCGUCCUCGCGUCGCGUCCGCGCUCGCGCGUCUCGCCUUUUCGUCCUCCUCGCGUCGGCCACCGCGUCGCCGCCGCCGUCGUCGCCGCCGCCGCCGCCGCGAGCGCGGAAGACGCGCCGGAGUCGGCGCCCUCCUGCGUCGUCUCGGAACCCUCGGAAGCGCAGAAGAUGAUCGAGGUCGAGCGCAAGUACGGCGCCCCAGCGGACCUCAAAGCCGCGAUUACGACCGCGGAAGGGACGCUCACGAAGUCCAUCAUCUUCGGCGACACGUACUACGACACCCCGAACUGCGACCUCGCGGCGAAAGACGUGUGGCUGCGUCGAAGGGAGAAACAGUGGGAGAUCAAGAUUCCCGUGGAGGGGGAGGGGGGGAGAAGUGGUGGCGAGCGGAGCGUGUUCCGCGAGGUCGAGGGCGCGCGUUCUGUCGCGGACGAGCUCGCGGCGGCGUUAGGUCUCCCAGCGCCGAGCGACGGCGGCGACGGCGGCGGCGCGGACGGCGAGGAGAUUUUGACGCGGGUGAUGGCGGACGCCGCGGCGCGUCCGUUCGCGGAGUUCGUCACCGAGAGAGUCUCGUGGUCGUUGGACGGCGCGUCGAUCGAUUUUGAUCACGCGUCGUUCGGGCACUCCGUCGUGGAGGUCGAGGUCAUGUGCGAGCGCGCCGAGCAGGUCGAGGACGCGGAGAAGAAGGUGGAGGAGGUGGCGGCGAAGUUAGGGUUGGAACCGCUGACGGAGACGGGCGGGAAGCUCGAGACGUUCAUACGGAAAAACUGCCCGAAGCACCUGGCGGUGCUCGUGAGCAAGGGGUACCUGAAGCCGUGA